AUGUACGAUCUUCUUUUGGAAGAGGAAAGCAUUGAACGUUUAAAUUCUUUUGUGCCAACUUGUGUCAAACAUUGGAAGAGAGCUUUACAAAGAUUUAAAGACCACCAAACUAAGAGAAAUCACUUGGACGCCUCCGAUGAUGCACACAAUUUCAAGCUAAUAUAUGAAAACAAGAAAACUGACGUCACCAUUGAGAUCGACCAGAGCCAAAAACGGCUGCAAUUGGAAAACAGAAAGAAGCUUACUCCAAUAAUUCGUGCGGCCUUAUUUUGCUGCAGACAAGGACUGGCACUACGAGGACGUCGAGAUGAUGGCCGUUUACCACUGGAUAUGGCAGAAGAGAAUGACGGGAAUUUCAGGGCACUUUUGCGUUUUGCUGCUGAUAAUGGAGAUGUAGCACUGCAAGAACAUUUAAAGGUAGUGGGUGGUAAUGCAACAUAUCUGAGCCGUGCAAUUCAAAACGAGAUCAUCGAUCCUGGAGCGGAAAUCAUCACUAGAGACUUAGUGAGACGCAUAAAUGAGACGAAGUGUUUCACUGUAACUGCAGAUGAAACAUCUAAUGUCAGUGGGAUUGAACAAUUCACGAUCGGAGCUAGAUUCGUUCAAGACAUUGGAGGGAGACACACGAUCAGAGAAGAUUUCUUGUGCUUCGUUCCUGUAGAGGACGUGACUGGCGCCGACCUUGCAAAUACGCUGCUAACAACUUUGCAGAAACUUGGAGUGGACACCCAUUUCAUGAAGCGGCAAGAUGAGUCGAAAUAA